GAGUCAUCAGAUCUUUGGCGUUAGCCGCGUUUCGUGCUAACCAACAAAACAAAACAACAAAACAUCCCGGCCGCUCAGUCAACCUCCAAACAGCCCCACCACGGCUCAGAGUCAUGGACGAGACGAGUCCGCUCGUCUCUCCGAUCAGGGACUCUGGAGACUUCAGCUACUGCCCCACGGAGCCCACCAGCCCGCGGGGAGCGUUUGGAAACACACCGGGCUCCGUGGUGCGCCUUCCGGCUGGCAGCCCUGGACGCAGCCGGGAGAGGCAGCCGCUGCUGGACCGGGGGAACGCGCAGCGGGAACCGCACAGGAACGAGUUCCCCGAAGACCCAGAAUUCAGGGAGAUCAUCAGGAAGGCCGAGCAGGCUAUCGAGGAGGGCAUCUACCCGGAGAGAAUCUACCAGGGCUCCAGCGGGAGCUACUUUGUCAAAGACGCUCAGGGGAAAGUCAUCGGGGUGUUCAAACCCAAAAACGAAGAGCCGUACGGUCAGCUCAAUCCCAAAUGGACCAAGUGGCUCCAGAAGCUGUGCUGUCCCUGCUGUUUUGGCCGCGACUGUUUGGUUCUGAACCAAGGCUACCUGUCCGAGGCCGGGGCCAGCUUGGUUGAUCAGAAACUGGAGCUCAACAUUGUUCCGAGGACCAAGGUGGUGUAUCUGGCGAGUGAGACCUUCAACUAUAGCGCCAUCGACCGAGUAAAAUCCAGAGGAAAGAGGCUGGCGCUGGAGAAGGUUCCCAAAGUGGGACAGCGUUUUCACAGGAUCGGGCUACCUCCAAAGGUGGGCUCCUUCCAGCUGUUCGUGGACGGCUACAAAGACGCAGACUUCUGGCUGAGGAAGUUUGAGGCCGAUCCUCUGCCGGAAAAUACCAACCGGCAGCUGCAGCUCCAGUUUGAGCGACUCGUGGUUCUGGACUACAUUAUCAGGAACACAGACAGAGGAAAUGACAACUGGCUGCUGAAGUACGACUGUCCCAUGGAUGCCAUUGGGAACAGGGACACAGACUGGGUUGUGGUGAAGGACCCUGUCAUUAAGCUAGCAGCUAUAGACAACGGCCUGGCUUUUCCACUUAAACACCCGGACUCCUGGAGAGCCUAUCCGUUCUACUGGGCGUGGCUGGCCCAGGCCAAAGUUCCUUUCUCGCAGGAAAUUCAGGAUUUGGUUGUUCCCAAACUGUCUGACCCGAACUUCAUCAAAGACUUGGAGGAGGACCUGUACGAGUUAUUCAAGAAAGAUCCUGGUUUUGACCGAGGACAGUUCCACAAGCAGGUGGCAGUCAUGCGGGGGCAGAUCCUGAAUCUCAACCAAGCCCUGAGAGACGGAAAAACCCCCCUCCAGCUGGUGCAGCUGCCCCCCGUGAUUGUUGAGACGGCGAGGGCUCCACAGAAGGCCAACAGCGAGUCGUACACACAGAGCUUCCAGAGCAGAAGACCCUUCUUCACCUGGUGGUAGAGGGGGACUUGGACCUGCACCUGGAGCUCUCCUGCUCCUCCACAUCCCUCCCCUGGAGGACCGCUUGGUACGGCCGAGGAUGCUUCCCUGUCCGCCUCUGUGCCUUGGAAAUGAUGGCAGAGGGCCCUGAGCCCCCUCCAUAGUGACAUAUGAGACACAAUGUUUCGGGUGCACGCUACUCGUAUCCACGUGCACAGAAGCCCCUCCUGUGUUUUUAGGAUGGGGGUGUUGCAUUCCAAGCCUGCUGAGGUUUCCACACCCCUUUGCCAUGCACCCCUCCACCUAAAAAGAACAGAAGUAUUUACUCGGGGUUGUUUCCCAGCAUUCUUUGCUCUUCUAAACAGCCAUGGUUGUUGACACUGCAGGUGCCAGAGGGGUUUGUGGUAAUCAAGUUUACUUAAGAAGUUCCUCCCACAGGUGAGUAAAUGCUGCUGAAGCUUUUCUUCAGCCUCUCCUGCUGCACCCUGGUGAUAAAAUGUAUGAGACGAUGCACUGUAUCAUUUGUAAUAUUUAAUGAUAGAAUAUAAUUAAAUCUUAUCCAACCAGAA